GAAGCCUAUUUCCCAUCUUCUUUUACGGUCUCUUCCGUUCGGGGAAGAAGGUCGCGAGUGCGCCAAGGCUUGAGGUCUCAAGGGUGUCUUCCGCCUUGUGUGUCUGCGCCUUUCGCAGAGCUUCCAGCAGCACCAUGCUGGGUCAGAGCGUGCGGAGGUUCACAACCUCUGUGGUGCGCCGCAGCCACUACGAGGAGGGGCCCGGGAAGAAUUUGCCAUUUUCUGUGGAAAACAAGUGGCGGUUACUGGCCAUGAUGACCUUGUACCUUGGAUCUGGUUUUGCAGCACCUUUCUUGAUAGUGAGACACCAACUACUGAAGAAAUAAGGAUGUUCUGGUUCAUCGCCUUUCACAGAUGGGAAGACUUUCUCAAGCGAUGUAAUCUCUUUGGAAACAGAUCAAACUCUUUAAAUUCACAUGGCGUACUAGAUAUGUUUGAAAAUAAAGUAAUGACUUGAAUGCCUAA